AUGGCCUCAAUCAUACCAACAGCAUUGCGCUCAAAUGCCAAAAUAGCAUAUGUCAGACCCGUGAUACUUGCCCGAGCUCCGUCCCUUCCACCCACCUGCUCCUUCACACGACAAGCAUCAUCUUCAUCCUCUUCUUUCGGAUUACGUGCUCCCGCUCCUGAAACUCAUCCUCUCUCAUACAAAGAUGGGACGAUACCCUACAGAACAGUUCAGCUCGUCGACCCAUCUACUAAUCACUUGCUCGAGCCACAAUCCCUCCGUUCAAUCCUCAGUACAUACGAUCAAUCUACCCAUUCAUUAGUCCUGGUUAACGUAGAUAAAGAAAUACCAAUAGUGAAACUCAUCAACAAGCUGGAAGAGCGAAAGAAAGAGAGAGAUUCAGAGGAAAAAGCCAAAUUGAAAAAGAGAAUGUCAAUGGAAGAAAAGGAAGUUCAAAUCUCUUGGCAAUCCGCUCAAGGCGAUCUAUUACACAAACUUCAAUUGGCCAAAAGCCUGCUGGAAAAAGGAGAUAGAGUUCAAAUCGUGUUUGCGAACAGGAAAAGGGGAGAAUCGAUACCUGAAAACAAGAAGAUGGAAAUUGUUAGUAUGUUUCAUGAAGAGUUGGAAGGUGUUGUAGGGAAACGAUGGAAAGAUGAUGAUAAGCAGAGAGGACUCUGGGUGGUGUUUUACAAUCCAUUGGAAGUUACACGGAAUCAGGUGCAAAACAAGGUGAAAGAGCAGGAAACGAAUAAGAAGUUGGAGAAGUAUCAGAAGAAAGAGGAGAGAAGGAGGAAGGAGGAAGAGAGGAGGGCGAAAGCGGAAGCUAGGGCGAAAGCUGAAGCUGAAGCGGAGGUAGGAGGUGGGGUGGGAAAAGGUGGAAUCAUGUGA